AUGGAGAAGAAACGUGCUCAUCAAUUUAGAAACCUACUGCAAGAGGGUUGUAUUUACACCAUCUCCAAUUUCAGUUGCGUUACAGUUGCGAAUUAUAGACCCGUGGGAAGAUUAGAGAAAAUCAGAUUGGAGGCAGCCAAGUGGUUGAGGAAGUAGAAGAAGGCGCCAUUGCUAUAAAGUAUCGUCUUUUUGAGUUUCAGUCUUAUGCUUAAGCUGAAAAUCAGUUGAACAAGAAUAUAGUUUACAUGUUUUUCAUAAAGCUGAGAGAUGAAAUCAUAAGGUAAUUAACAGGCUAUGUAUUCAUGAAACUCUUUCAUUUUUGGAUUUCUAUUGAAAAACUUGUGUCAUUUGCCUAAGUUAAAUUUGAAGUUUCUUGAUUAUCGAGUAGUUGGUUUAUAUUACCAUAGGGCUAAUAAAGAUAAUGUUAUGACUGAGGUUAUGAUAAAAAAAGGGAUCUAUGUUCCACUAUAUUGGCUUAGGUAAAGUCUGAAAGCAAGACAGUAGCAUUAUGUCUUGGAAGUUAAAACUGGUGAAAGUAAUAUUGGGUGACAGUGCUACUGUAUAUGGUGUAUCUGGCUUGGGAUGAACUAGAGAUACCACCUCGAGGAGCAAAAGAACCAUUUGUUCUGAUUUUGGAAAUUAAUUGAUUUUAAAUUUAGUCUAUGCCUUAUAAUGGUUGAUAGCAACUUAGAAAUAUUAUGUAUAUGAGUAGUGUAGCCAGUGAUAUAUUCAUUAUCAAGAACCCAGUUCUUAGAGACUGUCAUCAGAAGGUAAUUCUUGAACUCAAUUUGAAUAUUCUCCUAACUUUAAGUUAAUAGUUGUCACUGAUUUAGUUUUGAAGAAUGGAGUUAUCCUAAUUGAUUGAGUUUAAGUUUAAGAAAUCUGUCAAUGAAACAUAGAAAAGUUAAUUAGAGGAAAUUAGGUACUUUGUGUUAAAUAUUUUGCAUUAAUUUGGUUAAAUAAUUGUUGGCUUUUCUGAAUUUAAAGAGAAUGGAGUUGUAACACAAGUGUCUUCUAUUGACGAGUUAGUAGCUUAGGGGCAUGACUCAAGUAGCUGAGUUGUGGAAUGUGGAUUGGUAAUAGCUGGCAUAUACUUGAUAGUUUUGCUAGAUGAUAUCCAGUUAUCACUCAAUUAAUUCAGCAACAAUUCUACAGAAAAGGAGGGUAAGAUUAUAUGGCUUUCUGAUGUAUUAGGAGGGGUUUUAAUUUCUAGCUAUUACAAUCUUUUUAGGAUCAAACCUUCACAUGUGAGCUGGCAUGGUAUUAUUAUCUGGUCCAGUAGUAAAUUUCUACGCUAUGGCUUCAUCAUGUUAUAAGGUCUUCCUAGCUUCGUAAGGUACUCUUUUGGAUGUUUAAUGUUCUUUCUGUGGAAUAGUAGAGAACUGCAAGCAUUUUAGGUGCCUUUGUUUAAUGCAUACUGAUUGGGUAUUGCAUUUACCUAUCCAUGUGUAUUUGUGCUCAAUGUUUACCUGUGACUUAAUCUCAUUCAUGGUUUAGAGUUAAGUAUGGUUAUUUUUUAAUUAUAACAAUUGGUAUUUUUUAGUCAUGAUUCAUAUUUCUAUAUUCAUUACUCUAUAAAAACCUACCCUAUAAAAAUCUAAUAAUUGUAGCCUGUUCAAACUUGAGCAAUUACAAAGAUGAGUCAAAUACUACACCCACAGAGAGGUGUUACAGCUAGUUUAUACAAAAAGAUAAAGGGGUUAGAUUUUAAAUUUUAGGGACCAAGAAAGAGUUUUUUAAAGUAGAAGAAUUAAGGAUGGAUUUUUUU